GGGGAAUGCUCUCGCUCCUGCUGUCCGUUUCAGCACUCUCUUCCUCUCUCUCGCUGCCUUUUCUAAACUCUGCUGGGCAUCGUUGCGCGUCAAAACAUUGCGUCUCCUCCAGGACUUAUCAGGGCCGGAGAGGAGAGGAAGAUCUGCCUGGGACAAGGAAUGCGAAAGAUGUGGGUUUAGAAUUGGGCACUGCCACGAGUUAAACGAGGAGGUGCGACAUUUUCUAGGCUACGCGGAGAUCUGUGUUUUCUUUCCUUCAAAGGUGUUCGCCUCCCGACCCACCGCCCACCACGGCCCUCACCUGUGUGUUGCGGUGCUUCCCUUGUGAGCCGACCUGGGCUGGCAGUCCCUUUUUGCACCGCCCGCCAACUCCGCCCAUGGUCAGAAUGACGCGCUCCAAGACCUUCCAGGCGUACCUGCCGAGCUGCCACCGAACCUACAGCUGCAUUCACUGUCGAGCUCACCUGGCCAACCACGACGAGCUCAUCUCCAAGUCUUUCCAGGGUAGCCAGGGCAGAGCCUACCUGUUCAACUCAGUGGUGAACGUUGGGUGUGGUCCUGCAGAAGAGAGAGUUCUGCUGACAGGCCUGCACGCUGUAGCCGAUAUCUACUGCGAAAACUGCAAGACGACCCUGGGCUGGAAAUACGAACAUGCUUUUGAGAGCAGUCAGAAGUAUAAAGAGGGCAAGUUCAUCAUCGAGCUGGCCCACAUGAUCAAGGACAACGGUUGGGACUGAGGCGGGAGCAGCCGGGUGACAACCGCCGCAGAGGAGGAGACGAAGGGAGGGACUGGGGUGGAGGGAUGGGAGGGAGGGAGGGGGGGUUAUGUGUGGUGGGUGAGUGUGUGACUUUGGUUUGGCUGAUUUACCAUUAACCUCUGUAACUUACUGCCCAUCCCUCCCUACUGCACCUCUUGAUGUACUCGCAUACAAACGUACACACACACAUCAAGGUCCCAGACAUCCCAGUUUCACAGAGAGACCGACUAGGCAGGCUUGUGCGCAGCUAGCAGGGCUAGGUGGCUGGCCAGCAACAGUAGACAAGACAAGAUGUCUAAUUUUUGUGUUUUUUCUCCUGAAACACAAUUUAAUAGCUGCAAAAAGGUGGCAACACUCAACUCUGUGCCCGCUAAGAGACGUCAUCAUUGCUUAAAGUAUUCCACCUUGUCAAAUAAUAAUGUUAAAACCAGUCGACAACAGGUCAUUCAGUAGAGGUUUAGCCAAAUGGAGGCCAGUUGGUCUGGCCUGGCAGGGUACAUUGGCCUUGGUUGAAGAGCUGACGGUCAUUUGCUCUGUCGCUCUCUCUGAGUGUGAAUGAGAUGACCUAAGGUGAUUAUAGCAAAUCCAGCUGAUCGGGGCCAUGCCAGCUGGUCUAGUGAUGAGGCCUGGUGCUGUGGCUUGGCAUGGAGGCCCAAGCACAUGGGCAUUGGGUUGUGGCAGGGGCUGGGUGCAGGGACGCCACUAGGCCGCUCACUGACAACGAUGGGGAAGGGAAGAUCCUGAUCCAGUUAUGCAGUGGCUUUGAUGGCUUUUGGCUGGGUCCCACUCAUGUCUCAGUGAUGCAGCUCAGGACGACCAGGGUGGACCACCAGUGAAAGAGACAGAGAGAGACUUGUCCUAAAACCUCACAGGAAUUUGCCCUCACAGCAAAAGCAGCUCUCCAGGGUUUUAUUCAUCCUUCAAUACACAGAGUUGUGUAAAACGAUCUGCUGAUCCUCAUCCGUGUAUGUCUGGUGUCGGCGGAUGCAUUGCUGCGUCCACCUUUGUUACAUGGCCAGAUAGAAUUGCAAAAUAAAAGCAUGUCUCAGGUCAAUAACUUUGGCUGGGACUUCCAAAGGUUUGUUAGCACUGUGAGUGUGUCUGCUAUUGUAGGGUGAUGAUGAGGAAAGGUGACAAGACUCUGCGGGCUUUGUUCCGAGAGCAGCUAAUGAUCAGUCAGACGGAAGCGGAGCCCUUGCUAUCAUGCAAAUAACAGUUUGAUUUCGAGAAACUGACAAAGAAGCGGCUGAUACAUGAGUGGUUACAUGGGCUACAGGACAGUAGGAGAACAUUAACAGUAAGGUAUUGCUGCAGUAGAAUUUCUGCAGUAGCUCUAUGUCUACAAAGGUAUGUGAUGUAGAUUUCUAUGUAUAAAACCAUCUUAGGCUCUCUUUCAGUCUGGGAUGACUGCUGCUUAACUGCUGUUACCCUGAUCUUCUAACUGGCCCUCACAAUACGCACGGGGCAACAUUAUGAAGCAAUGUGCUAGACAGAUUAAUCUAUUCUUUUGUUCCUGCCAAGGAUUUUUCCUGGCCUUCAAAAUAUUCCCCCUACAAUAUGGGUCUUCAAUUUACGACACCUGGGUAAUAUUAGAAGUAACAUUACCAGGAAGCACUAUUAGGGACACUGAAUCUAGAUGUUAUCUGUGAGGCCAGGUUCCCACUUGAUGCGCUGGAUGUGUCAUUCUCUGAUGGAAAUGUGUUGUUUUCAGAUGAGAGAAUCUAUUACAGUUGCUCCCAUCCCAUGCAAAUGCAGCAUUAAUGCAUGCAUGAUAAUAAAGUUUUCUGAGUAGUUUUGUGCUAGGUCCUCACCACGUUUUUGUGAAAAGAACAUCUUGUGUGUAUAAGAGUUGCCAUGAAACCUUGUGCUGUAACACAACAUCUUAUCGGUUUCAUCUCAGUCCAUUUGAGCUGUGAGAUCCUUUUGCAGUGGCACAAAAGUAUUACAGAUUAAAUGUGACCCUGGUUUAGAAAAGUCAAAUUAGUUGCCCUGUUUGUCGCACACGUAGUUUCCUGCAAACAUUGCUCUAGAAGUUGCCCUUUACAUGGCGAGCCCUCUCCAGUUACAACCAAACCUAAACGGUUAACUCGCUUCAGUAACUCUCAGCAGCUGACUGCUCAGUCUAGAUGCUGUAACAGUAAACCCAGCACAACCAAAGAACCCACCCAUCAACAAUAAAUUGACCAAACAAAAGAUUUCAUUUUGCUUGGGCAACGUGUUGCAAAACAAGGGGUGUGUGUAUAGCUGAAAGCCAAGGUUGUGGAUAGCCUUUCUCUGAUAAAUAUAUAUAUAGUAUAUAUAUAAUGCAUUAUGAUUUUGUAAACAAAAGAUCUUAAUAUAUGAAUAUGUUAUAUUUACUGUAUUCAUCAUGAGGAUUACCAUUACCAUGUCAACCUCUGUGCUACAGACUGUAAAUAGUGUUAAUGUAUUGUGUUUUAUGAUCCAUAUGAUAAUGAAUGAAUAUGAUUUAGGUCAGGUCAUGCUUUCUCUCUGGUACCCCACAUUGGCUGUACGAUACUACUUUUUUACUGAAAAUGUUUCCAUUUUAAUGUCUUUUGUAAAGGAGGAUGCAGAUGUUGACUAUAUAUCAUUGGAUCUUCAUCUAAUAAAAUGCACCUGGAUAUGGGA